CUCUCUCUCGCUCUCUCUCGCUCUCUCUCUCGCUCUCUCUCUCGCUCUCUCUCUCUCUCUCGCUCUCUCUCUCGUUUCCUUGCCUGGGCUCGUAUACCCAGUCCAUAUUUAGGGCCAGCGUGUUCUUGGUAAUCUCAGUUUUCUGUUUCGCAGUUACCUGCUGCGCAGUUUGUGACCUUGCAGCUUAAGUGAGUAGUUCUGUGCUCUUUCCGGUCUUCUUGUCAGAAGAUGACUUCACUUUGUUGAAUUACUCUUGGAACAGCCCUGUGUUGGCACGGAAACAAGUCUUUUUUCACUGCCUGUGUAAUUUUUCAGUGUUAGUAGUGUUUUUCUUAUAUCGAAAACUUUCCUGGCCAAGGCGGGGGAAAGCUGAAGUAAAAUCAUCCAUUUGCCUAGAUCCUAACCGAAAGGAACCUUCCUCUGAGCUAAGCUCAGGAUGGCGACAGCCUCUGGGACCCUCCCUGCCUUGAGUGGCCAGGCUUCAGAGGAACAAGGGGAGAUUAUCAAAGUAAGGGUUAAGGAAGAAGAUCAUAUUUGGGAUCAGGGAUCCUGCCUACAGAAGAAUUUGUCUCAUAUCAGGGAAUUCUCCCGUCAGCGCUUCAGGCAGUUCUGCUAUCAGGAGACACCUGGACCCAGGGAGGCCCUGAGUCAUCUCCGGAAACUUUGCUAUCAGUGGCUGAGCCCAGAGAUACAUACCAAGGAACAGAUCCUGGAAUUGUUGGUGCUGGAACAGUUUCUGACCAUCCUGCCUGAGGAGCUCCAAGCUUGGGUGCGGGAGCAUAAUCCUGAGAGUGGAGAGGAAGUGGUGACUGUGUUGGAAGAUUUGGAGAGGGAGCUUGAUGAACCCAGACAGCAGGUUCCACCAGGCACGUAUGGGCAGGAAGUUCCUAUGGAAGAAAUAACCCCUCUGGAUAUUGCAAAGAAGUCCUUAGGUACCCAGCUCCAUCCAAUGGUGGACAGAAUGGAAUGUGAAUUUCCAGAGCCGUAUCUACUUCAGGAUAAUGGGUCGUUUUCCUGGCUUUCUGUGAUGUCCCAAAGUGUGGGUGACAAUAACCUCAGUAGCUUAGAUGCUAAUGAAGCAGAAAUUGAACCAGAGAACAUGAGAGAAAAAUUCUUCAGAAGCUUAGCAGUGUUACUGGAGAACAAAAGUAAUAACCCUAAGAUAUUUUCUAAAGCAAAGUACUGUCAAUUGAUAAGGGAAGUGAAAGAGGCUAAAGCGAAGGCAAAAAAGGAAUCGCUUGACUACCGUCGCUUGGCUAGAUUUGAUGUGAUCCUUGUCCAAGGAAAUGAGAAACUGAUUGAGGCUGUAAAUGGGGAAACAGGUAAAAUACGGUAUUAUUUACCCAGUGAGGACUUAUUUGACAUUCUGCAUGAUACACAUCUCAGUAUUGGACAUGGAGGACGCACCCGCAUGGAAAAAGAAUUGCAAGCGAAAUACAAAAACAUCACAAAAGAAGUCAUCAUGCUAUACCUGACACUGUGCAAACCAUGCCAACAGAAAAAUCCAAAACCCAAGAAAGUUCUAACAUCACAGCCAAUUAAGGAAGUUAACUCAAGAUGCCAAGUGGAUCUUACAGACAUGCAGUUGAAUCCUGAUGGCGAGUGUGAUGGUUAAUGUUAUGUGUCAACUUGGCUAGGCCAUGUCAGCUUGCCAGUAUUGUGUGGUUGUCCUCCAUUUUGUUAUCUGAUGUAAUUAUCCUCCAUUUUAUGUGUUGUAAAUCCUAACUAAUACAUGUUAAUAGGGCAGGAUUAGUGUGGGUGUAUCUUGAGUCACAGCCUUAUAAGAGGGUGUGACUCAAGUCCCACCCUUACUCAAGUCACGCCCUUACUCAAGUCACAAGCUUACUCAAGUCACAACCUUACCCACACCCUUACUCUGAUGUAAGGGAGUUUCCUUAGCGGGUGGCCUAUAUCCAGUAUAUAUAGAUGCUCUGGCAAGGCUCUCCCUUGCUCUGAAUCCUGCAUGUGGCCCAUCAUCAGCUAACCUCCAGUUCUUGUGACUUGAACUAGCAGCCUGUCGUCUGACAUGCUGAUUCUGAGAUUCACCAGCUUUCACAGCCCUGUAAGCCAGUAGCCUGUCAUCUGACCUGCUGAUUUUGGGAUUCACCAUCUUCCACAGCCACAUGAGCCAACAGCCUGUCAUCUGACCUGGCGAUUGUAGGCUCAUCAGCCCCUACAACUACAUGAGUCAGGAGAAGCCUCCAGCAUGAUGCCUGACACAUGGAUUUGGGACUUGCCAGCGUCCACAACUGCAUGAGCCAUUUCCUUGAGAUAAAUCUCUUUCUCUCUAUAUAUAUGUACAUGUGUAUAUGUAUAUACACUUCACUGGUUUUACUUCUGUAGAGAACCUAGCCUAAGACAGGGAGUAUAAAUUUAUUAUACAUUAUCAAGACCAUCAUACAAAGUUAAGUUUUUUUAGGUCAUUAAAAUUUAAAAGGUCCAAGGAAGUUGCACAUGCUCUUUUAGAUAUUUUUACAAUUGUUGGAGCACCAGUGUUUUACAGUCUGACAAUGGGAGGGAAUUUUCAAGCCAUAUGGUCAGUGAAGUCAGUAAUAUUUGGCCAGAAUUAAAAUUUGUCCAUGGGAAGCCUCCAACCUGUCAAAGCCAGAAUUCUGUAGAAGAAACUAAUAUGGAUAUCCAAAAUAGGAUUAUCUCCUGGAUGUAAGCUAACAGUUCAUCACACUGGGCUGAAUUUUUGUGGUUCAUCAGAUGACCCCAAAUCAACCCUGUCACAGAGACAUGCAACAAACUCCAUGUGAAGGUACAUUUAGCUCUGAAGCAAAACUGGGCCUGUCUCAUUCUCAGUUAACUGAAGAACUUGUUGCCAGCCUGAACAAACAAAAUGAAUUAGAACAAGUUGACAAAGAGCUAGAAAAUAAGAGGCCAGUAUGAAGAGAACAUUGAGAUUGGAACAGAUAGUAGUGAUAUUGAAGAGAAUCUUUUUAUUACUCCUAAGGUGAAGUAAUAAAACCCAUCCUGAAAGUAGACCAAGAUUUUUAUUUGUGUAGUUUGUGAAAAAGAAUGCACAGGUGCUAGUAGUUACAUAUCAUGUGGUGGAAAUGUCCAUGCAAUCUGUGGAGUGCCCUCUCAAAGUGAGACUGAUGGCUGUAGCCACAGAAUAACUUGUAGUCUUUGUUAUGAGACCACUACAGCGAAAAGGAAACAUGAAUAAACUCAAAGAAAUCUGGCUGUUAAACUGUCCAAAAUGCUAAAGCCUUCAGAGAGAAUUUUCACCAGACAAAGUAGGAGAUUGAAUAAGAGUUUGAGUAUCUGCUAUAGAUAAAAGCAGAGGAAGAGCCUCAUUACACUUUACUGUGAUCAUCAUGAGUGAGAAUUACUGGUACAAGUUUGACAUGGUAUAGUAAAGCACAGUUAUGGCCACCUUGAAUAUAUUUUCUUCAAAGAAAGGCUGUCAUUUUGGAUGCCUCUUUUCCCCUAUGUUGGAAAUUAUAACCUUGAGUGCUAUCUUAUUUAUUGUUCUGUAGUGAUGAACGGUAGCUCUUUUACUCCUUUCUGGUGUAAGACAUCUCUUAGGGUAAUGAGAAAGCUAGGAUCCAGGGAUAAAUGGUGUGUUUGAGUGUAGGUUUUCACAAAAGAGUGAAUUUGGAAAGAGGUAAAUUUAUUGUCAUUUUAUUUCAAUUGUGCAUAACUUUGGAUAGGGAGGUAAGCUAAUAAAGGGCAUUUUGGUUCAAGUAAAGAAGUGUUUAGGAGGGGGGUGGGGUGUGAAAAUUUGGCUGGGCAUUAUGGGCUCAUUUGGGUAAAUAUUCAUUUGGGUAAAUACGUAGGAGCAUGAUUGCUAGAUUUUAUGGUAAGCUUAUGUUUAACUUUUUAAGAAACUGCCAAAUUGUCUUCCAAAGUGGCUGUACCAUUUUGCAUUCCCACCAGCAAUGAAUGAGAGUUCCUAUUGCUUCACAUCCUCACC